AUGUCCGCCAACUCAAUAUCCACCCCCGUCCAGCUCGCCCCCACCAUCACCGCCACCACCCCCGCCGGCCAGACCAGCCAUCUCGACGUAGAAGAAGAACUCUCCUUCUACUUUUCCUACCACGCCAACAGGAUCAACCAGGUCAUCCACUUUUUCUGCAUCCCCCAGAUCCUUUGGACCUGGCUCAUCGUUGCUGCUCACGUCGCACUCCCGGGUGCCAAAGUAUACCUCUUGGCCGACUACUUUGCCUUCCAGCUCAACCUCGCACUGGCCUUUAUCACGUCCUACAAUGCCUACUACAUUCUCCUGGAUCCCAUCGGCGGUGUCACAUACCUCCCAAUCUCCAUCAUAAUGUACAUUUCAGCCACCUUCCUCGCCACGUCUCCUCCUUCCUCCCUGCCGUUAACGGACCCCGCGGCGCCGUCUGCCAUCCCCUUGGCGCUGGUCGUCCACGCCGGUGCGUGGGUAGCACAGUUCAUCGGCCAUGGCGUGUUUGAGAGGAGGGCGCCGGCGCUGUUUGACAACCUCGUCCAGGCACUUGUCUUGGCGCCGUUCUUUGUCCACCUGGAAGCGUUGUUUGGCAUUUUCGACUACAAGCCCGACAUGCACAAGAAGAUCAAGGCCAAGGCGGGUGUCAAGAUCCGCAACAUGAACCGGACCCGAGCAGCGUCCAGAGCGGAAAAAGCUGAAAAGGCGAACGAGACGAGUCCGUUGUUGUAA